AAUUCUCAUGGUAGUGACGUAUCUAGCUAACAACUUCCCGGGUCAACUUAUACAUGCGAAAAGUGACAGCAGCUAUCAGUCUGCACACAGUUACUUCUUUUCCGUUGUAUUCAUAAUUAGUGCGUUAACUUUCAAAAACUAUACACUUAUUGUUGUAUUGUUUAAUACAUUUAAAAUGGUGUUUUACUUCACAAGUGCCGUGGUGAACCCUCCCUACACAAUCUACAUGGGAAAAGAUAAAUAUGAAAAUGAGGAUCUAAUAAAGUACGGAUGGCCAGAAGACAUCUGGUUUCAUGUGGACAAAUUGUCGUCGGCUCAUGUUUAUCUGAGACUGCCAAAGGGUCAGACAAUAGAUGAUAUCCCCCCAGAGGUGCUGAUAGACUGCGCACAGCUGGUAAAAAGCAACAGCAUCCAAGGCUGUAAGAUGAAUAACAUCAACGUGGUUUACACACCGUGGGCCAACCUGAAGAAAACUGGAGACAUGGACGUAGGACAGAUCGGCUUCCAUCGACAGAAAGAGGUGAAGAUCGUUGCGGUGGAGAAGAAGAUCAAUGAGAUCAUAAACCGUCUGGAGAAAACAAAAGCAGAACGUUUCCCUGACCUGGCAGCAGAGAAAGAGUCGAGAGACAGAGAAGAGAGGAACGAGAAGAAAGCUCAGCUCCAAGAACAGAAGAAGAGGGAGAAGGAAGAGCAGAAGAGGAAAAAAGAGUUGGAGGAACUCCGAAACUAUUCUUCACUGAUGAAGAGUGAAAACAUGAAGACGAAUGAGGAUGGUUAUGAUUCAGACGACUUCAUGUGAGAUGGGAACACCAGGCAGCAAGCAGUGAAAAUAAAAUAAAAUAAAAUCCUCCUCUACCACACAAAUCCACCGUCAGGAUGCUCCCCUGCUGCUUUUGCUUGCUGUAACUCUGCAGUGACAUUGAGAACAACAAAAACAAACUUUUUGCUUUUGGAUACCUGGAGCAGAAAGGGAGCCAAUGACGGACAGCACCAGCACUUAUUCCACAUGCUGAUUGGUUCGAGGCUGGCCCCUUCAUCCAGGGGCGCUGUAGAAAAACACAGGACAAUGAGAAUGCUGAGGAUAUUUUGGUGGAAAAAUAUUCAAAUGGUGGGAGUGUGUUUGAUUGAGUUUUCAUUUCAGUGUCAAAUGAUGUUGAUUGUAAACUAGCGUAUGAGUAUUUAAUAACCCUUCAGACCUAAAGACUGCAAGCCCUUUUGCUCAUUCUCUUCAUGUUGUCAUUUCUCUGCAUGUCACAUUUUAUUGAGUACAAUUCAAUGAAGACAACACACAGUUAUAGUUAAUUAAUGUUGACAAGCCCUUAUAUUCUUUUUCAAAGCACUAUAAACCAGCCCCAGCUUUUUCUUUUUUUUACAGCCUUAAGGAACAGCUUAAAUUGCUCAUUUUGUCCAGCUAUCAAGAACCCGCAAAAUGACAAAUUUAAAAUGAUACAAUACUAUACAAUAUAAAAAAAUCUCAUUUUAAAAUAGUGUGCAUAUGAUAGGACUUUGUUUGCAAAGAAUAAAGAAAUGUAAAAACCA